AUCUUACCGUCUACUUUUCUUUUUUUUUUUCUCUCCCACCAUUUUCUCUCAUCAGAACAGAAAUCAAAUCUUUCUCUCGUCCAGUAAGGGCUAGCACCCUCAGAUUUACACAUUCCUGCGCGCGUGGAUUCAUUUCUCACCUUCAUCACUCUCAUAUAUAUUCUCUUCUUUUCUUUUCUAUUCUUUUUUUUUUUUUUUUUUCCUCUUCUCUUCAUCAUCAGAUUAGCUCGUCAACAGUACUGUGAACUCAUUUGGGCUAUAGUGGGUGUUGGCUGUUCUUCAUCUUCAAGCUAACCUAAUGGACCUAGCUUUCCGUUUCUUCGCUGCAUCUGCUUGAUCCUUCGUUGCCUUCUCAUAGAUGAUCAAGAUCGAUCUGUGUCUGACGAAAUCAACAUAAGUGAUCUUCAAAUCCAGAGAGAGAGAGAAGAGUGAGAGGUUUGGAGAAGAGAAGAGAAAGCUGAAGCUGGCAAAUAAGUGGUGGGAGAGAAUAGAUCAUGCGGCUAUGGCUUCUGGGUAUCACGAUCAUGAUCUUAAUCAUGGAGCCCAACCCUCUCACCACUACGUCCACCCCCACCACCACCUACUCGCCGCCGGGGUCCCCACCGACCUCCACCUAAUCCCGCAACCCCAACGCUCCUCCGACUCCAAGGACUCCCCCACCGCCGCCGAUGACGACAGCAAACCUGAUCCCGACGCGCCCUCCACCAGCUCCGGCGGCGGUGGCUCCACCCCCACCCGCCGCCCCCGCGGCCGUCCUCCCGGCUCCAAAAAUAAGCCCAAGCCCCCCAUUAUCGUCACCCGGGACAGCCCCAACGCGCUCCGUUCCCACGUGCUUGAGGUCUCCGCCAACGCCGACAUCGUCGAGUGCGUCUCCACCUACGCCCGCCGCCGCGGGCGGGGAGUCUGCAUCCUCAGCGGGACCGGCACCGUCAUGAACGUCACGCUGCGCCAGCCGGCGGCCCCAGCUGGGAAUGUGCUGACGCUGCACGGCCGGUUCGAGAUACUUUCCAUCUCGGGGACGGUGCUCCCGCCCCCUGCCCCGCCUGGAGCGGGCGGGCUGUCGAUAUUUCUGGCUGGCGGGCAAGGGCAGGUAGUGGGAGGGAGCGUGGUGGGGCCGCUCAUGGCAGCCGGCCCGGUGGUUCUGAUGGCGGCGUCGUUUGCGAAUGCGGUGUUCGAGAGGUUGCCGCUAGAGGAGGAGGAGGCUGCGGCGGUGCCGUCGUCGCAGCCAGCCGCGUCGCAGUCUUCGAGUGUCACGGGCGGUGGCGGAGGGCAACUUGGCGAAGGAGGAGGAGGAGGCGGAGGCGGUGGCGGUGGGAGUGGGGCUGGUUUUUUCAAUGUGGGGAAUUAUCCAUUUUCAGGAGAUUUGUUCGGAUGGGGAGGAGGGAAUGCAGCCAGGCCUCCAUUCUAAUAGUUAAUGUGCUUCAUUAUGUUUAUAUCAGUGUGAAGAAGUUGGGGGUUACAUUAGUAUGGUCAAUUUUGAGUGAUGAUUAAUUAAUGGGCUACUUCAUUUCUAUAUGAUAUUUCUGACCGUGUGCUUCACUCCCAUGAUCGAUGAUCAGUUUUGGAUUGAAGCUUCUGUCAAUAUGGCUCUAUAUAUGUGUUUACGGAACUAAACGAUAGAUGUGAGCUUUUGUUGAAGCUGAUCAACAGUGCAUGAUUUUGGGGAAGGUGGUGCUUGAAGGAAAGCAUGAUGAUAAAAUGUAACCCAGUGGGUGGAAACUUAAUUGGGACUGAAACUGAAUGGUGACUUCCAUAUCUUAAGGUCAGUGAUCGGUUCAAUUGAUGUAUAAACCAUUUGGAUACUUCAUUUCGUUUUCUUCUUCUUCUUCUAAAAAGUUUUAGAUUUUCCCAUGCAGCACUCCUUAAUUGACUUGGUUGAUCUUCUUUAA